CCAGUCAUGAAACGAAUUCUUCUAUUUUUUAUCCUGGCUGCUGCUGUUAUGUAUGGUAUACUGCAUGGAAAUCUGUGGAGAAAUAACCUCUACUGGAUUAGCUUUUAUGGACAGACUUCCUCUGUGAGGGCUCCUCCUUCCUAUGAGACUAGUGGAGUUACCCAGCUGCCACCUACGGCUGUGGAGAGAAGGAAUGCGCUGGACACUUGCCUCCUGAAACCAACAUUUGAAUCUUUACUGGGUGUUGACAAAAUAUACCCAUUCCUGUGCGCUAAUGAUUUUAUCAGAGUGGCAGAGUUCCACGGGAGCGAUAAGUUUGAACUACCUUAUGGAAUAAAGAGAGCAGAGCAAUUUUUUCGUUUAGCACUUUCAAGACUGCAGAACUGUGGACUUUCCAGUGAAGAUGACAG